CCUAUGUCCUUCAUUUGUCUCUUUCUCAAACCUUCUCCACCUUCUCCUUUCUAUAAUACUCUUCUUUCUUAGACCUUUAUUCCUCAUAUUUUCACCCCAAUUAACAAUUAUUUGAUCUCCUAGCUUGUUGUUUUUCACCAUGGAAUUCAGCUACCAAGAAGAUUCCUCCAAAAGCUCGAGCAACGAAAUCGAUCGAUCGUCCGAACAGAAUGAUGAGACGGGCACCGGAAGAUCCUUCGAGUGUGUGUUUUGCAAGAGAGGCUUCAACACUGCACAGGCUUUGGGGGGACACAUGAACAUACACAGAAAAGCUAGAGCCAAUAACAGCAAGGCCAAGCCCAAUUUUCCUCCCUCGAGUUCAAGCAAGGUUGAUCAUCAUGAGAGUAAUAACUAUGCAAAUCCAACCUAUCUUACAAGAGGGAAUCACUAUUCUUCUACUCUUCCUGAUCAUAGAGAGGUAGAUGAUGUUAAUUACAAUUACUACCAUCAAUUAUAUUUUCCCUCACCCGCAUCUGGUGCCAAAUCACCUUCACAUGUACAAUAUAGUAGUGAGGCUUUGUGUGUAGAGAACCAAAGGGAUCCUCAUCUUCUGUUUGGACAAGAUUGGAGGCAAAGGGGUUUGAGUUUGUACACUAAUCCACUAUGUGUACAUGAAAAUAAAGACAAGAUAGAAAACAACAGUGAAGAGGACGAUCUGGAUUUGGAGCUUAGACUUGGUUAUCAUCCAUAGCAUAUAAUAGAGUACAUAUAUUUAUGUUAAUAUAUAUAAUCUGCCUAUAUAUAUAUAUAUAUAUAUAUAUAUAUAUAUAUAUAUAUAUAUUAUGACGUGCAAUUGUAUAGAGAGAUGGGUUGCAGGUUGGAAGCAAAAAGAAGCAAGAUUUCUAGCAUGGAGGCUUCUUCAAGGAAGGUUGCAAGUUCGGGUUUCUGAUGAGGGAAGGUACUUCUAGGGAAAAUAUCUACCUCUACUAUAUCUAGGGUUCUAUCAGAAGUUCUUAAUUAGUUAUGUGAAUGUUUCUUUUGCUGCACUUUUUUUUCUUAAUUAAUUAUGUAUGCAUUUUCAUUGUUGUCGCAAUGAAAAUUAGGUUAAUUACUUGAUUAUGCGUGUGCUUUUCAAUUUUUAAUAAAAUAAAAAAUUUCUACCUC